CUCUUCAGCACACUGAAUUCGAAACUGACACAGAUUCAAUAAAUAGGAUCUUCUCACCAACAUGGCAAUCAAAGGCGGGGCUUACCGGUCGAUGGUUUCUUCCGCGCAACUCCAAGACAGGCUCAAGAUAAAACAACUCCGGUUAUUUUUCUGCUUGACGCAUGGCGUGACAAGAUGAUAGCAGACCGGAUGUCAACGCUGUUCUGCAACUGUUGCAACUGGAGAGAUGUUUUGGGUGAUCAAGAAAGUGGUAGCUUUUUAGACCCGCCCUCCUCACAACACCCGAUACCGCCCCCCUUCAACGUUAACCACACCCCUUCUCAGUAUAAAAAAAAACAACCGGGCAGACCGAUCGGAACAUCCAUGCAACUUCACUGACCAGACUUUUAGCAUCUGAAACCAUGAACAACUAUGUGGUUGAAAGAACUACUCCAACAUCACCGCAGCAUGGCUCCCCGGACAGCGACAAAUUCUUUCCGGGACCGUACCACCCUCCUUUCCCCUCGCCAACCCCUGAAUCCUCUUCCAAACUCGACAGCGACAGCGAGAGUCUCCUCACAUCGCUGCAGAGGCAUACUGUCUACUGGUCCAGACCCCCCGGAGGUGUGAGACUACGGCCCGAGUUCUUAUUUUUUUCCAAUAAGAUUUCCGGACUUCCAGCCAGGCUUCCCGCCAUGCCGUCUCUGUCAGAGACCCAGGAGGAAGAUUUACAAGCGCUGAAUCUUCCACCCACCCCUGAGGUAUCCCAGGACUCACAACUUCCCUCGGGCCAAGGAGAUCCAGCCUCCCCAGACCCUUCUCAACCCGAGGAUACGCUGCUUCCAUCCAGCCAAGGAGAGACUGACACCGGCGCCGAUGAAUACAAUGGAUGGGAAGCGCUUCGGGUUCAUCAAAGCGUCGCUCACAACAUCCACCAAGACAACCACACAGUCAAUGCCGUCGUGCAGGCCUAUCUGUACGAAUUGACGAUGGCCAAGGAGUUAUUUCAUACAAUCCUUGACGGGUAUGAUGAGAUGGUUGAAGAAAACUAUGAAUUAAAAGAUCAACUUGAAGCCAUCACGCAGUACUGGCAGGGAUCUUGA